AUCGACUUCACCGGUACAGUACACCCAUCCAGCCCAUCAUGGGGGCCAUCAUUUCCUCCUGCUGGGACCCUCUGCCUCCCCUGACGGACAUUCUCCUCCCCACCCCAGAUGUCUACCUCACCCUGCUGAACAUCUUCCAAUACUUCCCGCUGUUCACCAUCGUCCAAUGGCUGACAGCCUGGCACCCGGCCGGCAAGACCUCGAUGAAGACCUCCAUCUUCAACCUGCCCGGCCGCUGGGCCUGGUUCGCCAUGGAGAUCGUCAGCCCGCUGAACCUGGUGUAUCUGUUGUGGAAGCUGCCCGUCAAGCUGGCCGACACCACCACCACCACCACCACCACCACCACCAGUGGUCAUGGGGCUAUCACCCUCCCCCUGCCCAACAAACUCCUCGCCGCCCUGUUUGUGGUGCACUACCUCAACCGUGCCAUCGUCUCCCCCUUCCUCGCCGCCCCCAGCAUGUCCCCCAUCCACCUGUUCAUCCUGGCCUCCGCCAUGCUCUUCAACUGGUUCAACUCGACGUGUUUGGCUGGAUGGUUGGUGGGAUAUGACAUCCCCAUCCACCCCGCCUAUCACUCUGCGCCUGCUGCUGCCGCAUCAUCACCAUCACCAUCAUCAUCACCAGCUGCAGCAGCUGCAGCUGCUGCUAUCUCAGGGAUCCUCCCCACCCUAGGCACCGCGCUCUUCCUCGCCGGCAUGGCGGGAAACAUCUACGCCGAACGCACACUCUUCCGGCUACGGCGCGAGGAGGGCGCCAGGCGGGCUGCUGCUGCUGCUGCUGCUGCUGCUGCUGCUACUGCUACCUCCAAACCCAAUGUCAACCACCCCCAAACCCCCUCAGCCUCAACCUCAACCUCCUCAGCUCCCGCAACCUCAACAUCUAAUCCCCCCUCCACCGCAAAGAUCUACAUCAUCCCCCCACCCACCACCCCCCUCUUCGCCACCAUCCUGUACCCGCACUACGUCUGCGAAUGGCUAGAGUGGACCGGCUUCGCCCUCGCCGGGACGGCGGUGCGGGCUGCCACUGCUGCCACUGCUGCCACUGCAAGCGGCACGCUCCAUCUCGCGCCGUGGCUGCGGCCCGCGGCGCAGCUCGCCGCGCACCUGGGGCGGCCGGUCCCCGUGCCGGCGGCGGUGUUUGUGGUGAACGCGGUGACGAAUAUGCUGCCGCAUGCGCGGUGGGGGCGGCGGUGUAAGUGGGUAGAGGGGGGGGUGUGA